AUGUUACCAACGUGGCCAGCCGCUCCGCCUUCGGGCGCCCAGUCAUCGACUGGCUACGCAACUUCGUACUCAGCUCCUGCCUACACCGCGGUGCAGGUCCGACAGUCGUUCGGCCAGUCCUAUUCCACCCCGCAACCUUCCUACCCCUUGGCGCAUACUUACGGCCCCUCUCAUUCCCCCUCGCCCAGCGCAGUAGAUAUUGCACGGAACGUGAACUUGCCGCCGCCUGCCGCGGCCUCGGAGCCGGCAAAGACCAAGAUUGACUGGCCCGACUCGGUCCGCCGAUAUGUCCAACGCGCCUUCAUUCCUGCCAACCUUGAUUCCAGUGUUACAAGAGCCGAAAUGGAGACCAAGCUGAAAGAAACCAUAACCCAGGCCAACGAAAAGGGCGUGCUCAACACGCUCGAUUGGGACAUGAUGCCACUUCCCCAGCACAUGAUCCGCGAGGAACGCGCGCGGGCGCUGCUUACUUUGCAGCCCAAGCAACCGGCCCAGGCCCAGGCUCCGGCCCAUGCUCCCGGCACUAAGAAAAGGAAGUCCUGGGACUUGGCGGACGGCGCAGCUCCCACUUCGUCUUCGGCAACUCCAUAUCCCUGGCGGAAUGGGCCUGGUCGUCUUGAACAUCGCGUCUCCUUCUCACCCGACAAGCGCGACGAGCCCCUUAAGCAAAGCAGUAAGUUCAACAGGGCCGACAAGCGCCUGAAACGCCACGAGGGAGAGUACACGACCCAGCGCGAGGAGACGCCACCGCCCCUGGACGGCCCGGUUGUUGGCACCUGCCAGAACCUCGAAAAACGCUUUCUGCGUCUGACUGCCGCUCCGAAGCCUGAUCAAGUCCGCCCUCCGUACAUUUUACGGCAAACCCUGGAGCUUCUCAAAAAGAGGUGGAAGAAGGAUCAGAAUUACUCGUACAUUUGCGAUCAGUUCAAGUCCAUGAGGCAGGAUCUUACAGUACAGCGCGUCCGCGAUGAGUUCACCGUCGAAGUCUACGAAAUCCAUGCUCGGAUUGCGUUGGAGAAGGGGGAUCUUGGUGAGUAUAAUCAGUGCCAGACCCAGCUCAAGGCGCUGUAUAAGCUGGGUCUCAAGGGAAAGCCGAACGAGUUCACGGCCUACCGGAUUCUGUAUUUCAUUCACACAGCGAACCGCACAGAGCUGAAUAACGCUCUGGCAGAUCUAACCGCAGCAGAGAAAAAGGACAAGGCCAUCAAACACGCGCUUGAUGUGCGGUCCGCAUUGGCCUUGGGCAACUACCAUCGUUUCUUCCAGCUUUACAACGACACGCCCAACAUGGGCGCAUAUCUUAUGGAUAUGUUCGUUGGCCGAGAGCGCCUUGCUGCUUUGUGCAACAUUUGCAGAGCGUACAAAACGGACGUGCCGUUACGCUUUGUCACUGAAGAGCUCUACUUCGAAUCCGACCUCGAGGCGGCACAGUUCAUUCUCGACCACGGCGGCCAGGAGCUGCUCCAGGACCGCGGCGGGACCGUCAUGUUUUUGACUGGCAAAGCGAACAAUCUGUUUGAAGGCGCUCGCGCCAAAGCCUUCUCGCGCGUCGACAUCAAGGGCCAGAUCUGA